GACACCACCUCGACCUUCCAUCGACUAAUCCAUCCAUCAAUCUCUCUAAUCUCUCUCUCUACACACAAUCUGCGUAAUCAACCUACGAUCUCUGUCCACUACAUACAUUGCUACCUACGCCCUAAUAUCCUGCCUCUCCUUCUCCCUCCUUCUCCCUCUGGAUGGUCUCUGCCAAUCCCGUCAAGCUCUAGUCCCUUGUCUCCCCUGUCCCGUCGCCUUUCACUCUUCCGCUCAUCUCACAUACAAACCGCCACAACUACCCAUAAGACUACCUUACUUUUUUUCCUUCUCCCUCUUCAACCUCAUCUCGCACUCGCCCGGCUCCUCUUCAACCCCCAUACACCUCCCAGUUCUCCUUUGUGAUAGUGUUGCACCUCUCUUCCGCCGAGUCGCUAUAGUCUUGUCCACCUUCACCGCCGCUGCCCACCUACCGAGGAGAGACAUUGUCCCAUUGUCCCUCUACGGCCCCAGUAACCCCUCUGCCUUCUUUUUUCUUUUUCUUGUUUUUAAUUCUUAUUAUUAUUUAUUAUUGUCCUUUUUUUUCCUUUCCCUCUCUCUAUUCUCUGCUUGGCCUUGCGAGGCAGACCGGCCGAUACCUGCCGACUUUUACAAGCCUCCUGCUUGCGAUAAGGGGAAAAAAACAGAGAGGUGGUCUAAUCGGAGAGCAUCACCAUUUCGCAUCCGCUCCUACGAAGGAGCACUUUAAGCCAGUCAACAUGGUGGUCGCCACGAUCAAGUGCGUGGUCGUCGGAGACGGUGCUGUUGGCAAGACGUGUUUACUCAUUAGCUACACGACCAACAAAUUCCCCUCUGAAUACGUACCUACGGUCUUUGAUAACUAUGCCGUUACGGUUAUGAUAGGAGACGAGCCUUACACGCUUGGGUUGUUCGAUACCGCCGGUCAGGAGGAUUACGACCGUUUACGCCCCCUUUCAUACCCGCAAACCGACGUCUUCCUAGUCUGCUUCAGUGUCACGUCGCCCGCCUCGUUUGAGAACGUCCGAGAGAAGUGGUUCCCCGAAGUCCACCAUCACUGUCCCGGUGUACCCUGCCUCAUCGUCGGCACGCAGACAGAUUUAAGAGACGAUCCCAGCGUCCGGGAGAAACUUUCUAAGCAGAAGAUGCAACCGGUGCGCAAAGAGGACGGGGAACGGAUGGCUAAGGAGCUCGGCGCUGUCAAAUACGUCGAAUGCAGCGCCCUGACCCAGUACAAGCUUAAGGACGUAUUCGAUGAGGCCAUCGUCGCCGCGCUAGAGCCGCCUCCGCAGAAGAAGAAACGCGACCAUAAGUGCUUGGUGCUCUGAGCCGAACCCGGCCGUGGCGGGUAACAACAGUACACAACACACCCUCGUUCAUCGAGCGCUGUCACGGAUUCCCGCAAGAUUGAGAGGUAUAUGGGCCUGUCAUUCUCGGACCUCUUCCACAUCUGCACUGUUGUAACGGACGAACAUUUUUAAGACAUCUACGCUUGUGACGGCCGCAAGUGGGAUGGGAUUCAGAAUGAAUCGAGACGCGGAAGCCUACCGCAGCAGGGAAGCGAUCAUUGGGGCGGCCAGAGAAAUGCUCCCGCGAGGCUGCGCGCGUAUCAAGUUUGUUUGGGCACGGCGCCCCUUACUUUACGGCCCAGGAGGAAGUUCUCGAGGUCGGGCGGCACGGACAGAAAUACACCAACGUGGGCGAUGGG